AUGUACUCUCCUUCUAUCAAUUCCACCUCCAACUCUUCUUCUACGCUCCAAAUAUCUCCUGCAGUAGUCAAGUCUUUCACUCCUACGAAGAGGUUCAAUUAUCACAAGGAAGCAAGUAUAACCUCUCUAGAUUAUGAUGAUUCUGGACAAUUUUUGAUAUCUGCAGGUAUAGAUAAAUCGAUUCAAUUGUAUGAUAAUCACAAGGGAAUACACAUUAAGGAUAUACAGUCACAAAAGUACGGUGCGCACUUGGCCAAAUUCACACAUUUGAAUAAGAACUGCUUGUAUGCUUCAACUCCGGUGGGAACUUCCAAUCUUCAAGAGGUGGAUCAUGACAAUUCGAUAAGGUACCUUUCAUUGGAUGAUAAUCAGUAUCUUCGGUAUUUUAAGGGCCAUAAAGAAACAGUCAUAAGUCUAGAGGUUGAUCCGGUACAUGAUACCUUUCUAAGCUCAAGUAUGGACUUAACUGUAAAGAUGUGGGAUUUAAGGUCUUCUAAUCCAACGGGGAAUAUAGAUACAGGAAGUCCCUCUAUCGUAGCGUACGAUCCGAUGGGGGUUAUAUUUGUAGUGGGAAAAUAUUCUACUUCGACAAUUGAGUUUUAUGAUAUUACCAACUUCGACAAGAAGCCCUUUUUGACCCUGAAGGUGGAGUCGAGCAUACCAUGUAAAUGGAAUAAAUUGGAAUUUUCGAACAAUGGUAAAUUAUUAUUGGUCUGUACGAAUUCUGAUAAUCACUAUAUUGUUGAUGCAUUCCUGGGACAACCAUUGUGUGUGCUACAUGUUCCUGAUGGAGCUAUGGAAUUCAAAUAUCCCUUCAAUGGAUCACUGACGUUUACGCCGUGUGGCCGGUUCGUUUUAGUAGGCUCAUCUCAACACGAAGUGCAUGUUUUUGACGUAUCAUCCAUCAAAACCACGGAAGGAGGAAAUGAUACAGUGGAAACGAGCUACAAAGUCAUAAAGCCAUUAAAAGUUAUAGAGACCCUGCAAGGUAUACCGAAAAUAUUGGCAUUCAAUCCUAAACUAUUGACAUUUGCAUCUGCUGACACGACUGUGAGUCUUUGGCAGCCAUUAAUAGAGUGA